GGAGGGGGUGGUGGUGGUGGGGGGGGGACCUGUGUGAGGGACUGAAGGCGCCCAAUGCAGACUCUCCUCGGCCACCGGUUGCCUUUCGCAUUUUCACCCCCGUCUCCAUCCGGCGGCGAAGGUUCGGCUUCUCCUCCUCCUCCAUCAUCGCCGCCGCCGCCGCCAUCAUCAUCAUCGUCAUUCAUCAUCAGGCAGUGGAUUGCUCAGUGGCCUUUGAAUUGAAAACGCAUCAUGUUUUGGAAGUUCGACCUCCACACCACGUCGCACAUCGACACGCUGCUGGAGCGGGAGGACGUGACGCUCUUCGAGCUGAUGGAGGAGGAGGACAUCUUGCAGGAGUGCAAGGCUAACAACCGCAAGCUCGUGGAGUUCCUCACCCGGCCUCACAACAUGGAGGCCCUGGUCACCUGCAUCACCCAGGAGCCGUCCGAAGACAUGGACGAGAAAGUCCGCUACAAGUACCCCAAUAUAUCCUGUGAGAUCCUGACGGCGGAUGUGAUGCAUGUAAACGACGCUCUGGGUGAGGACGAGGGCCUAUUGAGCCGUCUCUACGGCUUUCUGCAGAAUGACAGCACACUUAACCCUCUGCUGGCCAGCUUCUUCAGUAAAGUCAUGGGUAUCCUCAUCAAUAGGAAGAGUGAACAGAUAGUGGAUUUUUUACGAAAGAAGGACGAUUUUGUAGCCUUGCUGUUGAAACACAUAGGAACCUCAGCCAUUAUGGACCUUUUGCUGCGUCUCCUCACCUGUGUAGAGCAGCCCCAACUCAGGCAGGACGUGUUGAAUUGGCUAAACGAAGAGAAAAUCAUCCAGAGACUCAUCGAGAUGAUCCGAAGCUCCAGAGACGAAGACCAACACUCGAAUGCUUCGCAGUCGCUGUGUGACAUUAUCCGGCUGAGCCGUGAACAGAUGAUUCAGAUCCAGGACAGCCCUGAGCCAGACCAGCUGUUGGCCACACUGGAGAAACAGGAGACCAUUGAGCAGCUGCUCAGUAACAUGUUUGAGGACGGGGAGAGAGACGAGUCUGUUAUUGUCAACGGGAUCCAGGUGUUACUGACUCUGCUGGAGACCCGUCGACCCCGUUCUGACCUGGGUGGAAUGGGUGGGCUGUUUUGUAACCUGGAUGGCCAGCUGGACCUGUGCACUCCUGGGUUAGACCACGCCUGCAGCCAAGUCAGCACGGGGACCCUCCAGGCCAUCAAAUCCCGGCUUCAGGAUUUCCACCAGCUCCUGCUUGAACCACCAAAGAAAAGUAAGAUCGUGACAACCUGGGGGUUCCUGGACCCUCCUCUGGGCAACACACGCGUUCACGUGGUCAAGCUGGUGACCAGCAUGUUACAGGUUAACAACAGCGAGGUCAAUCAGGAGCUGAUGCAGUUAAACACGCUGGACACGCUGCUGGAUCUGUACUUCAAGUACGUGUGGAACAACUUCCUGCACUUACAAGUGGAGCUGUGUAUCGGCACGGCCCUGGGAAACCCUCCGAUUGAGGAGUCCGCAGAGACCCCGGCGGAGAACAACGCCGAGACCGUCCGGGAAAACCCCCUCAUCAAACACCUGUUUCAGAAGUGCCAGUUGAUCCACAGGGUGGUGUCAGCGUGGGAGGAGAACGACAAAGAGCAGCUGGAGGGCGGCCGGAGGAAAGGCUACAUGGGCCACCUGACCAGGAUAGCGAACGCCAUGGUCCAGAACUCAGAAAACGGCCCAAACCACAGCCUCAUCGCCCAGUUAAUCAAAGAGCUGCCUGACGAGGCCCGGGAACGAUGGGACAAGUUCGUGUUGGGGUCGCUGUCGGACACCAAUAAGAAGAACACGGUGGAUCUGGUGAACAUGAGGAACCUGCACUCCUCCAGCGAUGACGACGAUAACGAUUUGAAGGAGUUCAGCUUCCCACAGGAGGCCGUUCUGCAGCAGGCCUUCUCUGACUAUCAGAUUCAACAGAUGACAUCCUCUUUCAUCGACCAGUUUGGCUUCAACGACGAGGAGUUUGCCGAGCAGGAGGAGAGUGUGAAUUCCGCCUUUGAGAGAGCGGCUAACAUCAGUUUUGUGUUCGAUGCCAACAGUGACGGACCCAACACAAACCUCUUUGAGGAAUGUUGGAAGGAGAAAAUCCGGCAGUUCAAUGAUGAGGAAGGUUCCGAUGAGGAGGACGUGUGGCAGGAGAAGGAGCUUCGCUUUGCCACUAACGCCCCUCGCACGCCCAGGAGUUCUGGGAGCACGGACAGUGAGGGGAGCAGGGACUCGGAGGAGGAGGAAGAAGAGGAGGGAACAUUGAGGCCUGUUAAGCCCAGCGAUGACAAGGUGGAGAUGGAGCUGAAUAAAGAAACCGGCUGGACUGCCAACUUUGACAGCGUCCCAGCGUCGAAGGCAGCGAGUGGCCAGAGCGUGUCUGACGCUGGGCUGAGCGUGUGGGACAGCACGGAUCCCCCCACCUCACCCCCGCCCAUGGAGGGGUGGGCCGUGUUCGCCAGCUUUGCCUCCCAGGCCGGCCCCUCUGGUCGCUUGCGCACAAACUCUCCGGUGUCCAUGGAAACCAAUUCCCCGUUGGAGGAUGAACUACAGAGCAGCGGUGAUGCACACAGCAAGCCAGCAGCGCAGGAAGGCUGUCCGGGGACCUUGGGUACGUUGACCAACCAACAGCAGGGUGACAAGAAGGCAGCGAGUGCCAACUCCGUGGGUAGGCCACCUCACACGGGCAAAGACCAGGCCAUCGUGGGGACAGCAGGGGGCAGCUCAGUGCUCAACGGCUCCCCCCCAGAGCCUGCCCUCUCCUCCUCCUCCCCCGACAAACGUCCUGACACAAAAACAUGCACAAAUGAGGAAGGCCUCUCAUCUACCUCGGAAGUUGGCCCACGACAUCCAGUGUAAAGGAGGGCGGCGAGGCCCCCAAGACCGGACUCACAGCCCCCUCGGCCCCAUCGGCAGACGCCACAAGGCAAGAUCAGAGGUAAAAGUCGCGGGCAGCCAGCC